CACCAUUUCUCUCACACACCUCCACCUCACCUCUCCCUUCAAUUCUCUUCCCCUACAAAAAUGCCUUCUUCUUCUACUACUACUGUCAUUUCCAAAUGCACUAUCUACCCUGAUCACAAAUCCUCUCUCAAAACCCUUAAGCUCUCUGUCUCCGACCUCCCUAUGCUCUCAUGUCAAUACAUCCAAAAGGGUGUUCUACUCUCUUAUCCUCCUUACUCCUUUGACGACCUCAUCACUUUCCUCAAACGCUCUCUUUCCACUGCUCUUUCUUUCUUCCCUCCUCUCGCCGGCCGUCUCUCUACUGACCCUGAUGGCCAUGUCCAUAUAGUUUGUAAUGAUGCAGGCAUCGAUUUCGUCCAAGCUAAAGCUAGACACAUCUUUAUAAACAAUGUUCUUUCUCCUUCUGAUGAUGUCCCUGAUUGCUUCAAAGGGUUCUUCACUUUUGAUAAAAUGCUUAGUUAUUCUGGUCACUCCAAGCCCUUGGCUGCAGUUCAGGUCACUGAGCUCGCAGAUGGGGUUUUCAUUGGGUGUAUUGUAAAUCAUGCUGUUACUGAUGGAACUUCCUUUUGGCAUUUCUUCAAUACCUUUGCUGAAUUCUGCAAAGGAGCCAAGAAAAUAUCAAAGGCUCCGGAUUUUAGCCGUGACACUGUUUUUAACACGCCGGCGGUGCUUAAAUUCCCCGUUGGUGGCCCAAAGGUUACUUUCUCCGGUGACGAACCGUUGCGAGAGAGAAUUUUCCACUUUAGCAGAGAAGCUAUUCUUAAUCUUAAAUACAGAGCUAAUAACGGUAUCUUAUGCGAACGCGUAGAGACUUUGGGAGAGCAAUAUAAUGACAGUUGGAAAGUCGUUAAUGGAGACAGUAACGGCAAAGUAGUGCCCUCCUCGGAGAAUUUAUUCAAGAAUAAAACGGCAGGCAUUUCGUCGUUUCAAUCACUUUGUGCACAGCUCUGGCGCUCCGUCACACGUGCGAGAAAUCUCUCCCCUUCCAAAACGACUACGUUUCGUAUGGCUGUAAACUGCCGCCAUCGGCUAGAGCCGCGGCUCCACCCUUACUCCUUUGGAAACGCUAUACAGAGCAUCCCCACUGUCGCUCCUGUAGGGGAACUGCUCUCUCAUGAUCUGCACUGGGGAGCUAAGCUUCUGCACAAAAACGUCAUCGCACAUGAUGGUGCUACCGUGCGAAAGGGCAUAGCGGAUUGGGAGAGAGAACCGCGGUUGUUUCCAUUAGGGAACUUCGACGGUGCAUCAGUCACAAUGGGUAGCUCCCCGAGAUUUCCGAUGUACGAUAAUGAUUUUGGGUGGGGUCGACCAUUGGCCAUUAGGAGUGGCAGGGCGAACAAGUUCGACGGUAAGAUAUCGGCGUUUCCGGGGAGAGAAGGGAACGGGAGCGUUGAUCUGGAGGUUGUGUUGGCACCGGAAACCAUGGGUGGGCUUGAAUUGGAUGGUGAGUUCAUGCAGUACGUAUCGACAAGCGUGUGAGAGAGUACAAGGUAGUAAAAUAGAAAUGGAUCUGGAAGAUUAAAAAUAUUUAUAUUGCGAAGAUUGGGAUAAAAUGAUACAUUUGAAGGGAUUUGAUCAGAUGCUGGCAAAGUAUUGUACAUCUGUUGGUAUUACUAUUUAACAUGUUAUUGGAAAAAUUUGUCA